AUGGAGAUGAAGAAGACACCGGCCGCCAUGCUCGUCCUCCUGUUGCUCGUUGGCUGCCUGGUGGAGGAAAUCAACUGCGACGCUUUCGACUGCUACGACGCGUGCACCACCGGCUGCGUCGCCUCCUACAUAAACCACCGUAAGUUUUACGGCGGCGGGGGCCUCCCUGAAAAAAGAGGUCCUCUCUGAAUGCUCCUGCCCUAGUAGGAUUACCGUCCGUCGGAUGUAGUUCCCACGGCCAAUAACUUGUCGGUCACAAGUUCUCUUUCUUGGUUUCUUUCCUCUGCCCUUAAUGUCUCGUUCUCCUGUCGGCGGAGCGAACAGCGCGUCUGAUGCAACGUUGCGAACGCAAGUGUGCCAUCCAGUGCAGCCCAGGUGGUCUUCGCUCUCGGUGAAGCUCUCUGGAUCUUCCAUUGAUGAAGCCUCUGAAAAGGAGAUAUCGUGCCCUUGCAGGAGCCACGGCGGGUCGCGGAAGACGAUAG